CAAAAUGGAGAAAAAGAGGCAAGAAUAGGAGACAAAGACCCAGGACAGGGACUAUGAAAUAGAGAAAAAGACAUUUGGGGAAAGGGAAAAGGCCAGACUUCAGCAUCAUGGGACAGAGAUACUUGGCCCGGGGAGAAGGAAUUCAAGGCAUUGAAAAAUGAAAGAAGGGUCCUUGAACGAGGAGACUGGUGGGAUCAGGAGAUGCCAGCUCCUCCCUCCUCCCACACCCAUUCAGGGAGGGUGGAGACCAGAAGAAGUAGAGGGUAACACUACCCUGGGACAAACUAGAAGCAGAAUGGAGACUGUCUGGACCCAGCAGGGAUCCAGAGAAGAAUGGAGUUAUCGUAGGGCCUUGCUGAGAUGGGGACUGAUAAGUACCCUGCUACUCAGCCUGAUCCUCAUCUUUUCUGUGCUCCUGUUCUACACCUUCCACAGCUGUGGACCCCGCCCCUGUAAGAGCCCUGUGUGUCUGGAGCUUGUAGCAAGUUAUCUGACCAUGGGAAAUGCCAGUGCCCUGCCCUGCACAGACUUCUACAGCUUUGUCUGUGGAAACUUGACGUGGGCCAGUGAGUCCAGGGACAUGCUUCAAGUUCUAAAAGAGAAGAACCAGAACCAACUACGGAGGAUAUUGGAGGCCUCAGUCCCCUGGCCUCCUGACUCUGCAGAGGAAAAGACCGUGAGGUUCUAUAAAGCCUGCAUGGAUACAGAUGCCAUUGAUGCUUCAGGGGCAGAGCCCCUUAUGCAGGUCAUUGAGGAGCUGGGGGGCUGGCAUAUCUCAGGUAACCGGACACUUCCUGAUUUUAACCAUACUUUGAAGCUGUUAAUGAGUCAAUAUGGCAAUUUCCCAUUCUUCAAAGCUUACCUGAGGCCUCAGCCAAGUCCUCCACACGUGCCUGUCAUUCAGAUUGACCAACCGGAGUUUCAGAUACCUUUUCGACCUGUUCAGAAGAACUACCCUGAGAUAUUGAGGGCAUAUCUGUCAUACCUGCAGCAACUAGGAACCUUGCUGGGGGGAGAUCAAAAGGUUGUGUUGGAGCAUGCCUCUAUAUCCAUGACCAUAACUUCAAAUCUCCUUCUGGCUUCAAAGUCCCCGGACCAGAGGAAGAGAGAGGGCAAGCUCUUCCAAGAGACUACCAUUGCCCAGUUGCAGGAAGUGGCCCCUUCCAUUGACUGGCUGCCUUGUUUGCGGGCAAUCUUCUCCCCAAUGAUCCUCAGCCCCUCUCAGCCCAUCAUUGUUCACGAUUUGGAAUACAUAAGAGGCAUGUCCAACGUGAUAGGACAGAUGCCAAAGGAUGGAUACAGAGACUAUCUUCAAAGCCACAUGAUCCUAGGGCUGGUCUCAACGCUCGUCCCUGCCUUAGAUAGUCACUUCCAGAAUGCACAGAGGAAUCUGAGCCAGAAGCUUCAGGAGCUGGCAGGACAGUCUCCCAUUACAUUCAACAUCCCUAGAUGGAAGAAAUGCAUUGAGGAGACAGGGGCCUUCUUUGAGCCCACACUCGGAGCAAUGUUUGUUCAGAAAACCUUCAGCCAUGGCAGCCGAGAUGCUGCCACUCAACUUUUCUCUGAGAUCAAAAAUGCCUUGAGCAGACAUCUGAAGAGGAUUCGCUGGAUGGAUGAAGGAAGCAAGAGAGAAGUCCAGACCAAGUUAUCUCAGCUGAAGGUAGAAAUGGGGGCCCCAGCGGAGGUACUGAAACCUGGUGCAACCACACAAGACUAUGAGGAUAUCAGUUUUGGCCCCAGUUUCCUUCAGACAUUCCUGAGUUGUUCCCGAGCCCUCCGAGAGAGAACUGUGAGAGGCUUUCUGGAACCUCCCUCCAGGCGCAGUUGGAAGAUAUCCCCUUGGGAGGUCAAUGCCUAUUACUCCAUGUCUGAUAAUGUGGCUGUUUUCCCUGCUGGCCUCCUACAGCCUCCAUUCUUCUGUUCUGAUUACCCAAGUGCUGUGAACUUUGGAGCUGCAGGCAGUGUGAUGGCCCAUGAAUUAAUGCACAUCUUCAACCAGUACUGUGGACACACUUAUCAAGAUUUUCCUAUACUUACCACAGUGGUUCCAGGGGGCUGCCCAGCCUGUGACAUCCCAACCCUGUAUGAAGAGCAGCUCUGCUUACGGCAACACUAUGAGUCCUUCUCACUGCCAGCUGGGAGUACAUUCAAUAGCUCCCACACCCUUUUGGAGAAUGCUGCCGACAUCGGGGCACUGCUUAUUGCAAUGAAGGCAUACAGAAAGUGGCAACAGAAGCAUAAAGGGGAGACCAUUCUGCCUAGAUUAGGCCUCAGCCCCUAUCAGCUCUUCUAUCAAAGCUAUGCCCAGGCCUGCUGCCCACUCCAUUUUGACCUGGAUGACUUCUUCCUCCCAGGUUGUGUGUGGCAGUCCCAACCCUCAGCAUGCUCAAGACCUUCACAGCCCUCCUAUUCUUCGAGUCCAUGGGCCCCUUAGCAUUACCCCAACCUUUGCCAGAUACUUCAACUGCCCAAGGGGUACCCCUAUGAACCCUGGUAGACGCUGCCAACUCUGGUGAUCUGCCUGAAGAUGCUGCCUGGUUAUGAAUGAAGCACUUAAUUAUAAGGACCAAGGUAUCCGCCAUCUUCCUGUUUCCAGAAAUAAAGAAGGGUUCUACCCUCUC